AUUCAAGUAGCAUUGAAUCAGCAGAUACGUUUUCAGUUGCUGCACUAUUCUUUACUUCCUCGCCUAUAAUUCGGAAUUUAACACGGAAGAAAUCCAGAUGAUUCCAUUUAAGUGCAUCUUGAGCUCUUUUCUUCUGGUUCAGGCUUUAUUUUCAACCGCAAAUGCUACAAGGCUUGAUUGCUGGACUUGUGAAGCCUCAUCAAUCGAAGAAUGCCGUGCUACGAGAGUAGCACAAAAAUGUGAUGCAUCCGCAGUUUGUACUAAUCUUACUACAAACUCGCUAAACACCACCAGUGGAGAGGAAACAACAAGGAUGAAACUCGAAUGCACUUUUGCUUCAUUUUGCCAAUAUGAGAAAGGUGUGUGUGAUACCCAAAAUGGAACAAUAAAGCCACCAAUGAAAAUGAUAGAGUGUUCCUUUUCCUGCUGUACAUCUGGCCCUGAUUGUGUCAAAAGCCCUGAUAACACUACAAAUACUACAACUACUACACCUACCACAGUACCCACUACUUCCGCGCCUACCACGAAAACCCAAGCGGCUUAUACUGCGUCUCUAUGGGUAACAGACAUGAGUCUGUGUAAGACGAAGUGCUGUGGUGGAACUCCUGCACAAAUCUGGCAGAACAGGACAUGUUGUGCAGUACGUGCUGGGAGCUGUCUGGGUGUUGCACUAGCCAGGGAGGUCAAGUGUGAAGAUACCUACUGCAACCAGGAACACUGUGGGGCUUGUCAGCUUCAUCAAUUGCCACUGGUCAUAAAGAUUGCUUUCAUUUUGUCUGUUUUGUACCAAGUUCUGAUUUAAGUUUCCUUCGCAUUCCUGCAGUCGACAUACGUCAGUCAGGUCACAGUGCAACUUAGCAACAAACGCUGAAGCUGUUUAUAAGGCAGUCUUGAAUGUAUAAAGGCAGGAAAAUAUUCCCAUUUACUGAUAAAGUGGAGUUUUUUAAUUUAUAAAAUGUUAAGCAUUUUUAUUUCAAUUUUACCACUGGAAUGCAAUUCCAUAUAUUGUUUUGUUUUCUAAAUAUAUGCAUAGAGUAAUUGUGAGUCUCCGCCAAGGGUAUAAUGCGAUGUAUUCCCAUUUUGCGCUUACGAAAAGAUAGAUAGAUAAACAUCAUUUAGGCAGGCAAGGCCAUUCAUCGACGAUGCUGGUAUACAUCCAGAGGUAUCCUGCAUAAAAGUCGUAAAAAGCUUCAUAAAGGAAAUAUUAUUUGCUGGCAAUUAGGUUUUUUAUUUUUAUUUUAUUCUAUUUUUGAGAGAUGCAAACGUUAUGCAGCAUCACGUGGUCAUGCAGUACCUUCCUGGAGGUAAUAGUACAAGUGACUUUCAAACGGAUCCAUUCAAUGCUGCUACCAGCCAGGUUCGAGCUUUUUGACCACCUUUUCCCUUUGCUCCUCUGCAUUAUCAUGAGUUUUAUUUAGAUUUAUCAGGUAUUUUAGCGUUUUGUAGCCCUCGCCUAUACUGAGGCCUAUACAAUUUCUUUUCUCAAUUGUAAACAUAUACUUUGUUUUCUGACUUGUAAAUUUAAUAAAGCUGCUAUGAGCUUAUAUUAGUCCAA